AUGACGGAAUCUCUAAAAGAGGAGUUUUUUGAAAACUUGGCUGCGGUACUAAGAAGUGCUUCUUCAAAAUGCAGAGCUUUGGAUGAAAAGUUUCCAACAGAAUUCUUUGAAUCGAAUCCCAAGAAUAUCUAUGAGUCCUAUGUGAGUUUUUUGAGGGCUAAAUUUGAUGAGAACCCAGAUAUUAAGAUAGCAGAUGAUAUUGAGUCAAUUUCAAUAUCUGAGAAGUUUGCGAAUGGCGAUUAUCAAAAACACAGCGACGCUGUUUAUAGAAUAUACCAUGAUAUCAAGCUCGUCUGCUCUAUACUGAUCCAUUACUACUCGCAAGGCACAAGGUCUUACCAAAUGGUGGACAAAUUCUACAAGUUUGCAUCCGAAUUGAUAUUGAGAGAGUGCUAUAGAGUUGGUGUUCAGCUUAUUAAUGGUUCAGAUGCAGAUGCCGCCUUGGAAGAAAGUGUUUUUUCGAGGACUAUAUCUAAUGACUUUUUAAAGAUAUCUCAGGUGUAUCAAUUGCCAUACGCUGAAACGCUACAAACCGAAACGAAAGACGGUCAUCUAUUCAGUUCUGUAAUAUCGAGAUCAUCACUUGAUAAGAGACCAAAGGAAGUUCCACACGAAGAGAUGCAUAUAGUGAAGAUUCUUCCACAAGCGUCUUCUCAGCCUGCUAACAGAUUAGGGUUUGUGGCUGCUAACACAUCACACAUUCCAGAUCCUACUAUAUCACCUACAGAGAUCAUGACAUCGUUCUUACAUCCAAAUUGGUACCCACUACCAACGUCAAAAUGGUUGGAUUACGGACAGUAUCAGUCUUUUGCACCAAGCAUAUCGGAAUUCAAGUCAGUCACUGAUUGCUCACGUAAGGGAGACAUAUGGCUAGAAAAGGUCGGAUAUAAGAUGUGGUACGAAAUGGUAACUAAAGAAAAGAAGGAAAAGGCAGCAGUGGAGGCAAAAACCGAACCAAAAGUGGAGACUAAAGAAGAGAACAACGGAGAAAAAGAAGCUAGUAAUGACGCGGGCGAAACCGAUGAAGAAAAGAAUGCUACAACAGAUGAAGAACCGGAAAAUGCUAGGGAAUCCUCGGAAGACGAAGUAGUAGUGAUGGCGGAUCAAACGAAACCAGUACAAAUUAAUUUGAAGAACCUCUUUGAAUGGCAACCCAGUAACGAAAUAACUGAGGAAGAUAUUGAGGCUUUUAAACAAGGUAAGCAACAACAACUUCUUUCCGAAAUUUUGCUGAAAUUGAAAGAUCUAAAGCGUAAAAGAGUAAAACUUAAUAAGAUAUCUAAGCCAACAAGCGAAGAGGUUUCAUUAUAUCAUAGAGCACAAAACAUUUUAAGAGAAGCCAUAUUGCUGAAACAGGUGAAGGCUGUCCCAAAGCUUUACGAAAAGCAAUUUCCAGUGCUAUCGAAUAACUAUGCUGGUGGUAUUCCUGUGGUUAAAACCAUAUCUACAAGGAAGAAGAAAAGUAAGAAGGCGGUUAACUAA